UUCUUUUCGUAUUUGUUCCCUCAAUUCAGCUUUGCUUUCUCUCUCUCUCUCUCUCUCUCUCUCUCUCUCUCUCUCUCUAGCUAGCUAGAGUUCCUCUCUCCCUCUCACUCUAGAGCAGGGAGAGGGAGGAAGAGAUCUGAAGCCAGGGAUCGGUCGAUCGAGGUUGAGGUUGAGGAGCCAUGGACGACUUCAUGCAGUGGGCGAUGAACACGCUGGACCAGCAGCAGUACCACGCUGCUGCGGCCGCCGCGGCUCCUCCUGUAUACGGUGGUGCUGCUGGCUCCAGCUCCGGUGGCAGCAGUGCUGGUGCCGCCUUCCCCUCGCUGCAGGCGCUCCGCGAGUCCACGGCGGCCGGCGCCGGCGUCAGGGACCUGAGGGUGCAGGUGGACCACCACCAGCCCAGCAGCUGGAGCACCAGCUCCGGCGACAGCCCCGGCGCCGCCAUGGACCACGACGCGGCCGCCGCCGGGCCCGGGUGGUCCCCGCACACGGCCCGCGCCAGGACCAGGGCCACCAGCAGCAGCAGGCCCAUGAGCUGGAACUUCAGCGCCGCCGCCGCGUCCGCGCAGCUGCCGGCUGACAUCGACAUCUCCCCGCGGCCGGCCCCUGCCCCCAGAGGCCACAGUACGCCCGCCGCCGGGAGGAGAUCGGGGGCCAGCGCGCAGGGCACAACGGCCGGGCCGUCUGCCUCUCCGGGGCCCGUGCAGGACCACAUCAUCGCCGAGCGCCGCCGCCGGGAGAAGAUCAACCAGCGCUUCAUCGAGCUCUCCACCGUCAUCCCCAACCUCAAGAAGAUGGACAAGGCGACGAUUCUUGGGGACGCGGUGAAGUACGUGAGGGAGCUGCAGGAGAAGGUGAAGACCAUGGAGGACGACGACAGCGCCGCCGCCGCCGCCACCACCACCACCACCAUCCGGUCUGCCGUGCUCGUCAGCAAGAAGAUCAAGGCGGACGACGAAGACGACGACGACGAGGACGCCGGCGAGUCGAGCCACGGCGGGCUGCCGGAGAUCGAGGUGCGGGUGUCGGGCGAGAAGACCGUGCUGGUGCGGAUCCACUGCAAGAACGCGAGGGGGCUGCUGGUGAGGGUGCUGGCGGAGGUGGAGGAGCUCCGGCUCGCCAUCACCCACACCAGCGUCAUGCCCUUCCCCGCCGACACCGCCAUCAUCACCAUCACCGCAAAGGUGGAAGAGGGAUUCAACUCAACGGUGGAGGAGAUCGUGAGGCGGCUCAACUUGUCGCUGCGCCAACAUUACGGCGCCAAUAAUUCCGACGAUCGAAAUAGUGUCACCAAGAGAGAAUGCUAAGCUGCCUGCUCAAGCAAGUCGAUCAGCCCUUUCCUUGGAUGAUUUUAUAUUCUGAAAACUGAGAGAGAAAUUCAUGGUGAGAAAUUGCUCGUUACGAUGGUGUGCAUGCAUGCAUAUGAUCAGCUUAUAUAGAUAUAUGUUGCACGCAUGCGUGCGUGCAUGCAUGGAGACGAGGAUUUCUCAGCCACAGGUUUGCAAGUUUUGGUUGCUAGCUAGCUACUUGCUGUUGCUCAAUCCCGAUCACACUGAUGAAAUAAUGAGGGCAGUAACCAGGAUACAUACUUAUAAUAAGAUUUUGCUGCAUGUAAGUAUGGAUUUUCAGUUAAUUCUUCUAUGCAGAAAAAUGGACGAAUAUAUAUGUCACAUAUAUAUGCAUUACUAUUUCCUGCCAUGUUGAACUGUCUGCAUCAAUUAAUCAAUCAUGAAUUUUAGGUCUGAUCUUCGCAGCUAAUUCCAUAUAUAUAUGACAAGUCCCAGCAUCUCAUUAGUAGUACUAUAUUAUUUUCCAAAAUAUCCCAUAAAAUCCCGCUUUGAAAUAUUUUGAUUAGUAUAGUGCACGCAUGAGAUCAUAUCCCGGUAUACAUGCAUGCAUAUCUUCUCGCUGACUCGUGCGUGAGUCAUCCAUGCAAGAAUAGUAGUAUUAUCUAGCUCCUCUGCAUUAUCUCAUUGGUCUGCUUAAUUUAUUUAAUAGAUAUUGCGUGAUUUGCACAGCCUUAAAGAUAAAGAUAUGAUCAAUCCGAGAUUGAGAUCGAGUUCAUUAUUGGGUAGAGAAAGCGGUUGAGAUAUGCAGUGCAAAGUUGGCACAGAGCUGUCUGCAUAAAAUGCAACAUGUCUUUAGUUGGUAGGGCAAGCCAAGAAGAUCUCUGUGAUCUGCACAUAUAUGUAUGUACAUACUCAACAUGCACAUAGUAUAUACCGGUUAAUACAGACAGAUGAUGGGCUUGUUCCCCAUCAUGGAGUAUAUCAUGCAUGAUAUGAUUAAACAACGCGUUAUCGAUGA